CCUCCCUGCCCCCCCCGCCCCGGCCGCCGGCUGUGCGCCGCUCGCCGAGGCGGCGGGAGACGGGCGGGCGCCUCUGCUUUGAGAUGCUUCAGGCUGAAAGUAGAAUAAGGCUCUUGGAGUGUCAGGAUGAAAUCACAAUUGAACCAUGUUCUAAAAAAAUGAAGUCAACAGAAGAAGCUUACGAGGAACUCUCUGAUGAUGAUGAUAUCCAAGCUAUUCAGGAGGAAGUGGAUGCUGAGAGAACAUUAAAUGAUUUGAUACCAGCGUAUGCUUCAGAUAACCAAGGGCAACAGGAAAUGCAGAAGCAAGAGGAAACACUUACUGGUGUCUUGGGAACGCUGAAUGAAGUGCUCCCUGAAAAUAAUCUAGUGCUUAGUCAGCCAGUUGAUUCAGAAAUUGUGCAGAAUGUAAAUCCUCCAUUUGUAUCAAUAAAUGGCACUACAGUUGAAGAAAAGAAAGGCACUUUUAUUACAAAUCAUGCUGGUGAGGCUAAUAUUAAAAAUACCAGUAUAUCAUUCUCAAUAAAUAGAAAUGCAUCAGAUGAAGAGUUUUUUACAAGCAAAGAAUUUAUUGGACCUAUUUACAAACCUGCCGAAUGUAACGAACGGGAUGAAUCUGGCAGUCGCAAUGAAUGUAAAAGCAGUGAGGGAGAUCAGAAUGAAUUGUGUGAAAACAGAGCUAAAGGAAUGGAGGCAAAGAAGAUGCAGACUGUUUCUUCCGCUGUAAAAGAAAUAGAUGAUGAACUGGACCAGUUCUAUAAAGAGAUUAAUCAGCUGGAAAAUGAAAGUUUAGAUACUGUUUUUCAGGAAGAAAAAACUGAAACUUCUCAGGAACAAUGCUCUCCAUAUAACUGUAGUCAAAUCUCACAAGAGGAUUAUCACUGCAUGUUGUUGGGCAGCUCACAAACAUUUUAUGAGAAUGGAGAGCGUUUCUUUGGGGAACAGAACAGUCAGAAAACAAGCAAUGAGCAGCAGUUUGUCAUGGAAGGAGGUGGCUGGAAAACUGAAAAUACCUUUAAUGGACAAGCAGAAUCUAAAUAUUGGAACUACUCAGUGCCUGAAUUCAGACCUGCUUGGCAGUCAACAGUCUCUUUCGUCAUACCUCAGGGACCUCUUGCUCCUAGAUUCAACUAUCAGUCACGUUUUCAGAUACUUAAUUCCCCACCACAAAAAAAAAACGUUCUCCCUUCUCAGAAUGGUGAACUUUUGUACAAGAAUGAUCAUGGUUGCCAUGGAGCUACUGAUAUCAACAGUCAUGGUCCAUUGCUUGAUCAAAGUAGCAACUAUGCUGGUCAUACUGAUAUCCAUACUACUCAGGUCUUCAUAAAUGGAACUAAUGACCAGAAUGGACUCCAAAAUAAUGGUUUCUGUGAAACCAGCGAAAAGUGUUGGAAGGAUCCAAAAGCUGACAAUACAGAAGGAAUGCACAGCUUUUCUUCCUUGUGGUUACCUGAAGAAAGAUUCAGUUGUUCACAGAAAUUACUCCUGGUCUUAAGAGGCCUACCUGGUUCAGGGAAAUCAACUCUUUCUCGUGUUCUGCUUGGUCAAAGUCGUGAUGGCAUUGUAUUCAGCACUGAUGAUUAUUUUCGUCAAAAAGAUGGAUAUACAUAUAAUGCUGCUCAGCUUGGUGAUGCCCAUGACUGGAACCAGAAGAGAGCAAAGCAAGCAAUGGAGCAGGGAAAAUCUCCAGUUAUAAUAGACAACACAAAUACUCAAGCCUGGGAAAUGAAGCCAUAUGUGGAAGCGGCUCUAGAAAAGGGAUACAGAGUGGAGUUCCAUGAGCCAGAUACUUGGUGGAAGUUUGAUCCUGAAGAAUUAGAAAAGAGGAAUAAACAUGGGGUCACUCGUGAGAAGAUUGCUCAGAUGUUGGAACGAUAUGAAUAUCAAAUAUCCAUACCUAUUGUCAUGAAUUCAAUGGUACCUCCCCACAAAAACACUCAAAGGCCACCUCUGCAGCGAAGACAUAGGUGGGGAGGCAAUACAGACUCAUGGAAUUCUUUCAAUAUUUCCAGUAGCCGAUAACACAGUUGCAGUCAGUUAAUAAAAGUCCGUUACUUGCCCUUCUAAAACAUCAUCAUCUCCAAUAAAGUAGUGGAUCUUCCGUGUUUUAAAUAGGCCUAUUUCAAGACCAUUUUCUUCUGGAGCUUGUUCCUUUAAUGGACUUGCAUGUAAAUAAAAUUGUACAUUAAAUGUUUUUUAAAACUAUAUUUGUUACAGUUGUAAUAACUUCGAUUUCAGUAAAAUAUUUAAUAGAGUAUGACAUAUAGCAGAGUCUGCCUUCAUAAACUGAAGACAAUGAUGUGUCAUAUAUCAAGUAACUGUUGAGCAGUUUUUUUUAAAGAGGUCAUAUUAGAUAUCUUUUAAAAGUGAAUCAAAGCCCCAGAAGAAGAGGUUAUUUAUGUAAUAACCAAUUUUAAUGAUUGUCAUUUAGUCUUCUUCUAGGAGAUUUUUUGGAAAACACUUAUGUCCUGGAUUGUUCUUUUGGUCUAUUUGGCAUGUAUUGCCAAUUGGCAAAAUUUUGGCAUGUAUUUUCUGGUUUCAGUUGUGGUGGUUGAGUUUUUCUUCUGUCUCAAAAGCUCAUCUGGCAGCUGAAGCAGCAUUCUGCCAGUAUAGUAUUCACCAGCCUUAAACUGUGCAACCUGAAUUAAUUUUUUUUGUGUUUGUUCUCUGUGGUAGUAUAUAAACACCACCUUUCUUGUGCUGACUAAAAAAGCCUAAAUUUUAUUACUAAAACACAAAAAAUUCACAGCUCUGUUUUUAAGUCAAUUUCUUUCAUUUACAAUAAAAAUGAAGUAUUAAAGCAUUAGGUUGACAAGUCCCAGUCCACAGUUGGGAUGUGUCAAUUCAGUAUAAAUAGUGGAUAUAAUUCUGUAAAACCAUAUUGCAUUUCUGAUUUUGGCACAGCCAAUGUAAUCUGUUUAGUACAUAACAAAGAAUGAGCCAACAUGGAGAUUGACUAAUUUACUGCCCUUUUUAUCUUAAAAAAUUAUGAAUGUGUAAGUUUUCACUAUGCUUGUUUUCUAACAGCUUGCUGUAUUAAUAAAAUACAUUUGUCUUCAGUGUUGGUCUAGUAGUUCAGUGCAACAGUUUUUACUGUUUUCAAGCUUGUAGGAUUUUGUACAAAUGAGCAUUAUUACUAACCUGCCAGCUGAAACAACCUGUCUUCAGUUCUAACUACAUCUGAUUUCCUUAUACACUGAAUGAUUAAAUCCUGAAUAGGAACUUUUGUCAAGAACACGAGUAAGUAGCUAAAAGAAUUUUUAUGCUUUUCUGUUACUAAUUUUGUGGAACAGUUGCCAGCAUAAUUUUUUUUACUUCUAGACAACUUUUGAAUAGGCGCAAAAAAUGUCUUCACCUUUAAAGUCUGAAUACCAUGAAAGCUGAAAAUCUAGGUAUAUGAUGAAAUAGCUUUCCGUAGUUUUCUACACCUAUUGUGCAAAUCUAAAUGUGUAUGAUUCAAUGUAUAUCUGCAGUAAUAUUUUCAUCAGAGAUUGGUGACUAUAAAAAUUGAAGUGUGCAGUUUCACAUUUUACAGUAAUUGUUUUAAUUAUUUGAAAAAUAAUUUAGAAUACUUCAUCAGUGCAUGGAUUGUUAAUAUAUUGAAUUACAUAUAUAUAUAUAUAUAAAAGCUCUUCAACUAUAUUAAUUGUCGUCCCUCGUCUGUUAUUCAUACCAGUUAUGUUACUGUAUUUUAGUUGUUGUGGUUAUCUUUGUCCGUGUCUCAAAAGAAUCAUGGAAAUCAUUGUAAACAGUCAGUAAGUACUUCAGUUAUCCUGAAGUUUUUGUAUUUAAACAUGAAAGCAUAUUUCAAGUGGGAGGAAGAUAAAGAGGUUUUAGAAAGACUAAUUUUAUUUAUGUUACUUUAAGCCAUAAUCAUGUGGUAAAAUUUAUUGAGGCUUUAUGUUAUAUUCACACAGUGUGCUAAGGUAUGACAAAAAAGAGCUGAUUAUUGAAAAUGGAUAUUAUGAUAUCUUUUGGUACCUUCUGCCUUCAGUUUUUAAAGUAAAUGGAUUUUUUAGCAGUUUUUAACUGAUAUUUAAGUUUUCUUUAACUGAAGUUUGUAUUUAAAUAGAUGUGAAUUCAUAGUAUUUUAAAAUGGUGCAGCAUUUUUUGUGUUACCUUUUUCAUAAAUUAUUGUUGGGUGGUAAGUGUUUUUGAUAGGCAAAACACGUUGAUCGAUAAUAGGCUUGCAGUUUGCAAAAGACACAUAAGAAAGGAAUGCUUUGCAACUUGGCACUGUAUCAAACAUUACUUGUAAACUACCUAAUCUAUAAAGCUGUAUUCCAGGGUAAGUGCAAUGACAUGGUGCAUGAAAACACAAUGAAAUUACUGUCGGUAUAACAGAUUUUUGUUUCAUAAUACAUUCAUAUGUCAUGAGGAUAUGAUAGUCAUGGUCAUACAUGUAUCUCCGAAAUUGCUUUUAUACUACAAUAUUUAUAUGUAAAAAUAAUAAAAAGGUGAUGUGAA